UCCCCACUACAGUGUACUCUUCACCAGCGACGAGGCGGCACAGAGGAGGGUUUCACAUAUAUAUAUACAUUGUAGACAGUGCACUACAGACUGCGCCGCCAUGGCUCCUAUAUCAGGGCCAUCUUCUUCAGACCAAGGCCUUCCCGAUAGCUUUUGGACCUUCGAGCUGCCUAUAACUCGCCGGGGACACUUCUUCCAGGACUCUGCCUUCGAGAAUGCCUAUGAACAGCUCAAUAACAACGUGCGGCGGAUCCUGCAGCAGUGGGGAGAAACGGACUUUCUCAGUGAACUAUCGAGUGAUUCAAAACUUAGCCACUCCAACAGUCUCGACCACUUCAGGCAGCUGCGGCGCGACAACCUGAGGGAGGAGGAUCAAGCCGUGACUGUCGCCUCGGACGCAACCACUUACAAGAUUGUGAUGGAUGUGCACGACUUCCUGGUUGGCGAUGUGAAGGUGAGGGUGGAGAGUGAGCGGGAGCUGGUGGUCGAGGGACGCACCGAGACCAAGACAGGGAGCUGGACAUCCUCAAGCAACAGCUUCCGUCGGCGCUUCUGUCUUCCACCCAACACCGACCUGGCUGCCGUGUCUGCCGUGUUGUCUGACGAUGGUAUCCUCACCGUCAGCGCGCCACUCAAGAACGUGGCUCGGGAACAGAAGCAAACAGAGGUGCCUGUCGUCGUGCAGGAUGCACGUGCCGCCCCUUCCAGUGAUCAACGUGCAGGCUUCUCUUCGCUGAACACAAACUCUACGCAAAAGUGCACCUGUCGCCUCGGGCAGCAGGUCCAGAGCGGCGCAGCGCGCUCAGGACGAGAGCACAUUAUUCCAAUAAAGCUAGAUGAAGACCUUGAAGAAACCUCCCGCAGGUCACCAGCCAGCAUGAACAUGCAAGCCACGCGAGAUUCACAGAGUCAGGACUUCAUGAGCCAAGAGAAGGUUGAGUCUUCCGAGAAAGGCACAUAUGAGGCUUCAAGACAAUCCCAGCGAGCCGAAAGCUUCUCUGCUUCCUCUCGAGCCAGCAGCGUCGCCUCUCAGCUCAGCAGCGAAAAGAAGGAUAAGACACAGUCGUUCUCAACCCAUCAUGUUCCGAUUAAUACAAGGAAUCAGCUACCAAUCACCAGACGAGGCUUGUUCUUCGAUGACUCCUUCUUUGCGGGCAUGCGACAAGACUUCCAGAGCGCCGUGAACGAGGUGUUGGGUCGCUGGGGUAACAGUGAAAUGCUGAUGAAUGACCGCGACGACGCGAGUUGCCUGGGUCGCUAUAAGGAGCUCCGUGAACACAGCCUCAAUGUAGAGAGUCAGGCCGUGACCAUCACCGCCGACGAAACCAGUCACAAGAUCGUGAUAGAUGUGCACAACUUCUUGAAUGGCGAUGUGAGGGUGAGGGUGGAGGGCGAGCGGGAGGUGGUGGUUGAGGGAAGUACGGACACCAAAACAGAUGACCUGGCUGUGUCCAGCAACAGCUUUCGCAGGCGCUUCUGUCUGCCGGCCAACACUGAUACAGCAGCCAUGUCUGCCGUGAUAUCCGACGAUGGUAUUCUCACCAUCACCGCCCCGAGACUCGUGAAGCAAGUCCAGAGUAGAGAGACAACAAUCCCCAUAAGGACAGAAGGGGUGCAACAGAAGCGCGAGGAUCACGUCACUUCCAGCUUCUCGGCGACCUCCGGCAGCUGCUCGUCUGCCGCGUGUUGUCCCUCCAACACCUCCAGCCAUACGUCGACAGUCUCUACUCAAACGGACCCCCCCAUCAGUGGGUUAAACCAAUCAACAAUAAAAGAAAAUAAACAAACAAAAACUGAGGUGAAAGAAUCAUCUUCGAUUCUGAAAGGCAGUGAGAAACAGUCAAUCUCUGAGGCGCAGCGGUCCGGGCCAGACUGUGUCACGCUGCCCAUCACCACUCGUGGCUCGUUUUUCAGUGACGACUUCUUCAAGGAUGCCUGGAAAGACUUCCAAGAGGCGGUGAGUGAGGUGGUCUCGAAGUGGGGAGAUCCCGCUUGUCCUGCAGACGACUUUACACACUAUCGGAGUCUGCGGGAACAAGAUCUGCGAGACGAAAACCAAGCGGUCAAACUCACGGACGACAAAGUCAAUUACAAGGUUGUUGUGGACGUCCAGGAUUUCAUGAAGGGCGGAAAUGUCACCGUGAGAUCAGUACAGGACAGAGAACUGGUGGUGGAGGGAGACGUAGAGCGACAGCAGGGCGGAGAGCGCUAUAAGAAACAGUUUCAUCGUCGUUUCGUUCUUCCCAGCAACAUUUACUCAGAGUCCGUGUCUUCUGUAAUAUCUGCUGACGGCGUCCUGACCAUUACAGCCCGGAAGAAGGCACUGCCUCUGCCUUUCCGGGAGACCAUCAUACCAGUGGCCGUGGAGGAGGGAGUGCACCGCACGGAAAGUCUCAGCCACGUAUCAGAGGAGUCACUUAAGUCGCACAGGGAGGCACGCACUGCGCAAAAGCAGCAACAGCAGCAGCAGCAGCAGCAGCAACAACGACAGCAGCUAUCGACAUGUUUUACAAAAGCUGCACACGAAGAGUCCCGGACUGCGAAUAUUUCUUUGGAUUCGUCAACAAAGCAGGUUGGGUGUUCACGGGAGCACAUCAUUCCUGUGGUGGUUGAGGAGCAGCAAGAGCACGUCUCAGAAUCACACAGUGAGGGAACCACGGCCUCUGUGGAGAACACUCAAAUGACUCAAAAUAGGGAAUCGUUGGAAUCCUCCCACGUCUGUGGUGUGAACACCGCCGCCACCGCCACUGCCGCGGCAUCAGAGACCGAGACCACGUCCUCAGAGACUCAAUCGUGUAAUACUGCAGCAACUGAAAAUCACGUCCACAAUGCUGCUGCGAUGACAAACAGCAAAGGUUUUCAAGCUGUUUCUGCCGCGGCUACGACACGCUCGGAGGAGAGCAGGAACCUUACCGGCAGCCUUCCAGCCAGCAAGACUGUGCCCAUCAGCCUCAAGGGAGACUUCUUCAGCGACUCCUUCUUCGAGGAUAUGAGGAAGCAGUUCACCAGUGCCGUGCAGGACGUUCUGCAGCAGUCAGACGCCGCCUGUCUGUCUGACGGCAUGACCCGCUACCGCAACCACCUCAGGUCCAACCGGCGACUUGAGAAUCAAGCCGUCCACGUGGAGGAAGACAUGAGUUCAUUCAAGAUCAUCCUCGAUGUCCACGAAUUUGUCGGUGGUGAGCUGAAAGUGGAGGUGGAAAACGAGCGAGCUCUCGUGGUGGAAGGCCAAGCCUCGUGUGAAGAGGGAGCCUCGUCCUCCACACUCACCUUCAGGCGCAUCUUCUCGCUGCCCUCACAGGCCAACGUGGCGGCCAUCACCUCGGCGCUCUCCUCAGACGGCGUCCUCAUCAUCUUCACCCCAAAGCUGCAGCAAGACGUCACUUCCACUGCCAGUCACAAGAUGACACUUCAAAACCAUUCUCGUCAGGAGGAUAACAGCGGCGCGGCGAGUGUGUGGGGUGAGCAACAGGUGAGGCAGGAGGCCACCAGGUCCGGGAUCAGUUUUUCCAAGACAUCUAGCAGCAGCAGCGGCAGCAGCAGCACUACCACCACCACCACACAAGGGUUUUCGUCUCAGAAUGUGUUUUGAGGUGGUGCGUGGUAGGCGGCUCCUUCCCACGCUGCACCUGCCCUUACUGUUUUACGGCAACAAGUCACUAGAGGCUCCGGCCGCGUCAAGACACUGGUGCGAAUGAUGCCUGCGUGAGGGCGGCGAACCGAGUCUCCAGUGACGUGGUAGCGACAUGAAUGACCUCCCUCCAGCAGGCAGCGAGGCGAUCCCGUGGUGUGGCGGGAUCGUUGUGCUCCGGGAGGAUUGUGAGGGAGGCGCAGCCUGGUGAUUCCCUCCCAAAACAUUCCAAGUAAACAUUGUGAUGGUGUGAGGUACCGCAACUAUAUGGUUACACUUGAUAUUUUCUCUGGUGGCAAAGAAAAUAAUGUAAAGAGGUAACUGUGAUCUUUGUAUAAAUUACCUGUCCGUUUGAAACCAACUAAUAACACUUCUAAUGAUUGAUUUGUGCUCUCUCUCUCUCUCUCUCUCUGCGUAUAUCUGUGCUUCAAUCUGGCAGUGCUCAUCCCAUUCAUCUAUUCCCAACCUUGAUGACUCAGACCCGGCUUGGGUGAGUCCGUCUUGCUCCGCACACCACAGCAGGCAGCGCCAUCAGCGGCGUGGCUGUGGCUGGGCUGCUUCUUAUGUGGCAGGCAGUACUAGCAGCGGCGGAAGGGUUAGGGGGGCGUGAAGAGGGAGGGCGAAUGGCUUUGAGGGAAGAGCUCAGGAGUUACUGAAUCUCUCUUUGGGUUUUCAUCUAUGGUGCUGUUCGUGAUUUACGUUACUUAUGUAAAUAAACUGUUCACUAUUA